AUGAGGCCGAGCGGACGGGCGCUGCGCUCGCUGGCGUCGGCGUCGGCGUCGGCGUCGGUCUUCCGCGCCGUCGAGUCUGCGCCGCCGCUCGAGAUCUUCAGCGUGGUGGCGGGCUUCGCGCGCGACGCCCACCCCAGCAAGGUCGACCUCGGCAUCGGCGCUUAUCGCACCAAUGAGGGACAGCCUUGGGUGAUGCCCUGGGUGCAGCGAAUUGAGCAGCUUAUGGGUCAAGACAAGACAAGGAACCAUGAGUACUUGACAUUCCUGGGCUGUGACACUUUCAGCCAAGCAGCAACUGCCCUGUUGUUGGGACCUGAAAGUGAUGUUGUGAGGCAGGGAAAGGCCUUUGGCAUACAGAGCCUCGGGGGAACGGGAUGUGUACGUAUUGGAUCUGAAUUCUUAUCCAGAGUACUGAAUUACAAUACUGCCUACAUUCCUGCACAAACUUGGGAUAACCAUCACAGAGUUAUGUCUCGAAGUGGAUUCACACACUUGAAGGAGUACAGGUAUUGGCAUCCUCUGAAUAAGGCACUAGAUUUUGAGGGUCUAACUGAAGACUUGUCAUCUGCUCCUAAAUAUUCUGUGGUGGUGUUACAUCCAUGUGCCCACAAUCCUACCGGCUGUGAUCCAACACAAGAACAGUGGGAUAGGAUUGCUGACAUUAUUCAGGAAAGAAAACUCUUUCCAUUUUUUGACACAGCCUACCAAGGCCUGGCUUCAGGUGAUGUUGACCAAGAUGCAUGGGCUGUUCGUCAUUUUGUUAAAAGGGAACUUGAAUUAUUUUGUGCUCAAUCUUUCUCCAAGUCUUGUGGAUUGUAUGGUGAACGAAUUGGCAACUUAACAAUAGUUGUGCAUGAUCCAGAUCAGAUUGAGAAGAUGAGAUCACAGUUUCGUAUUAUUGUGAGAGCCCUGUACUGCAGUCCUCCAAGACAUGGCGCACAGAUUGUUUCCACAAUGCUUCAAGACACAAAUCUGCAGGAGGAAUGGCGAGCAUGCUUAAGGGAAAUGGCUGGCCGAAUCCGAGACAUGAGACACAGUCUGAGACAGAAACUUGAAGGAAUGAGAACACCAGGCACCUGGGAGCACAUAACUAAACAAGUGGGGAUGUUUUCAUUCACAGGUCUUACAGAACACCAAGUUCAGUACAUGAAGGAAAAGCACCACAUAUACAUGUUAAGCAGUGGAAGAGCCAACAUGUGUGGACUCAACAACAAAAAUCUGGAUUAUGUUGCAAGUGCUAUCCAUGAUACAGUGACACAGAUAAAAUAAAGAUAGAAAUUCUACACUCAUCCAAGAGUGAACUGUGUUGUUUUGAGUUACAGUGAUUGUUCCUUUUUAAUGUGAAUGGUGACCAGUCUGCCUGUUACAUGUGUAUUGCUCUCAAGUAAAUUUGUUAUGGGAACACGUUUAUUAAUAUAGCUGUGCUAUCAAAUCAAAAGGAAUAAAAGUAUUAAAUACUA